AUGGAGAAAUUUGUUGUUGGCCUAUUUUACGUGGGUUUUGAAAGAAAGUUGGAGAGGCUUGAUGUGGCCUGUAUAUUGUUUCCAGCUAAGGCUAAGGAGCGAACAGAAUUCAUGUGUCUUAGUGGAACCAGAUUCAUGUGUCUUAGUAUCCUAUCAUCCAAGUUUCCAGGCACAUCCAAUUUUUCUUGGAAGAACACCCAAAAUCAAGCCAAUCCACCUACGACCAUAUUGGAGGACAUGGUGCGACAAUUGGUGAUUAGUCAACAAAAACUGGAGGCUCAUGUAGGUCAAAUCACUGAGACAUUAAGCCAAAGAGAAGCUGGAAAAUUCCCUAGUCAACCUAUCGUCAACUUGAAGAACAAUGAACAAGCCAAGGCCAUUCAUCUCCAACAUGGUAAGGUUAUUAAUAAUGAUGUUGAUGACACUAAUGAAGUUUUGGAUGUAGGUGAAAAAAAGCAAGAAGAGUUUGAACAAGACAAUGAAAAAUCAGAGCUUACUCCACCUAUUACUCAUCCUAAAGAAGACAAGACCACCAUUUCCUAUAAGGUGAUCAAUCCUUACUUUCCACUUAUUCCAUUCCUGGGUUAUCUUAAGCAAAACAAGCAGGAUAAGUAUUGCAAAAAAGUCUAUCAUGUAUUGAGUAAAGUUCAAAUUAACUUACCUUUAUUUAAUGUGAUAAAACAAAUUUUGGCUUAUGGGAAAUUCUUGAAGAGCUUAAGAACUCACAAGCUGAAAUUUGCACCUAAUAAAAGGGUCAAGCUGAAUAAAAAUGUGAGUGCUAUCCUUCCAAAGGAUCUUCCAACCAAGCUAUCCAAUCCAGGUAGUUUUGAUAUACCCAUCACUAUUGACAACAAGCGACAUGGGCAUGCGAUGCUAUAUUUUGGAGCAAGCAUCAACUUAAUGUCAUUCUCAGUCUACACAGAACUUGGAAUCAAAGGAAUGAAAAACAUUACAGUUUGUCUUGAACUUUUCGACCAUUCUGUGAGGCAUCCAAAAGAUUUCAUUAUUUUGGAUACAGAAGAGAUUAGAAUGGAUGGCCUUGAUGCUCCUAUACUUCUUGGUCGGCCAUUCAUGGUUACGGUGGAUACAUGCAUCCGAGUGAAGGACGAUGCCUUGACGAUGAUAGUUUUGGGAGAAGCUUUGGUACUAGAGCAUACCAAGUCAUAG